AUGAAGUACCUUCUGUCCAUACUUUUGCUCGGCGGCCAGCUGGCCACGGCCGGCCCCAUCUCCACCACGGCGUCCACCGCUGCCGUGGAGGAGGAGGUUGGCGAGAAGGUCAACUACGACGGCUACAGGGUCCUCCGCGUGGCGUACAGCGAGUACCAGAAGAACCCGGAGGCCGUGGCUGCCCUCGGCCAGCAGCUGAGCGACGAGCCCGCCCAGUUCGGCCAGGUCGACUUGCUCGUCGCGCCGGAAAAGAGCGCCGACGUCGAUAACCUGGGCAUCGAGUUCCAGGUCAUCCAGGACGACCUCGGCGCUGCCAUCAAGCAGGAGGAGGCGGAGACGGUCGAGUAUCUCGCGAGCGCCGCGGCCGUUCCGUCCGACAGCUGGUUCGACGCGUACCACUCGUACGCCGACCAUCUUGCCUUCCUGAACGACCUCGUCUCCGUACGGCCCAGCAACGCCGAGAUCGUGACCGCCGGCACUUCUUCCCAGGGCCGCAACAUCACCGGCAUUCAUUUCUGGGGCAGCGGCGGCAAGAACACGAAGCCGGCCAUCAUCAUGCACUCUACCGUCCACGCGCGCGAGUGGAUUACGACCAUGACCAACGAAUAUAUCGCCUACCAGCUCCUCACCCAGUACUCCUCCGACACCACCGUCAAGUCAUUCGUCGACAAGUACGACUUCUACGUCUUCCCGGUGGUCAACCCGGACGGUUUCGUCUACACGCAGACGAACACGCGUCUCUGGCGUAAGAACAGGCAGUCCGUUUCCGGCAGCACCUGCGUCGGCACGGACAUCAACCGCAACUGGGCCGUCGGCUGGAGCGUGGCCGGCGGCUCGUCGACCGACCCUUGCGACGAGACUUUCAGAGGCACCGCCGCCCUCAGCUCCCCCGAGGCGACCGGGCUCGCGGCCCAGAUGCAGGCCGUCCGCGACCGCCAGGGCGUCAAGAUGUACAUGGACUGGCACUCGUACUCGCAGCUCUGGAUGACGCCGUACGGCUACACGUGCAGCUCGCUGCCCUCCACCAACGCCGAGCUGCAGUCCAUCUCGGGCGGCGCCGUCGCCGCCAUCGCCGCCGUUCACGGCACGCAAUUCGAAUACGGACCGAUCUGCCAGACAAUCUACCAGGCGUCGGGCAGCAGCGUCGACUACGCCAACGACGUGGUCAAGUCGACGUACACCUUCACGGCGGAGCUGCGCGACACGGGCCGCUACGGCUUCGUGCUGCCCGCCAACCAGAUCAGGCCGACGAGCGAGGAGAUGUGGGCGGGCUUGAAGUACGUCUUUGCCAACAUGAAGUAA